AUGAAUUCGCUGCUGGUGGGCACCUGGUCGCUGAUCUCCUCCGAGGAGGUGCUGUCCCGGGCGCGGAAAAUGACCCAACGCAUCCAGGGCUUUCUGGAGCAGAACACCGAAGAGCUGAGCCCGGAAGAGCUGAGCCUUCUAGGGCUGCAGAAGCGGGUCGAGAGCCUGGUGCCCUCCUUGAACUUUCUGCUGGCGCAGACCCUGGGCUUGGACUCCUGCGUGCAGCAGGUGGUGCAGAACACGCAGGACUUGUUGAUCGACGUCUGCAGCUUCGUCGAGAGGUCCUGUCCGGAGAAGUCUGGCGGCGCGAACAGCCUGGACUCUGAGCUGCUGGACCAUUACUUGCAUGAGCUGGAGUUCGGCUGCUUGUCGGUGACAAUGGCCAUGAACGUCCUCCAUGCGGCGAGCGCAGAGGAGCCGCAGGACCUUGUCUCGUCGAGAUGCGCGAAAACACGCCGCUCAGGUCUGGCGUAUCUUUGGAGUGCCUGCUGA